ACCAAUUCCCCAUAUUGUAGAACUCCCAAAUGCUCUAUUGGUUUUGAGUCUUUUGACCACCGACUUCGCCCAAAAUCGCUUGCCCCUCCCUGCCUUUGCCGUGCGGUUCACUUUCACUCUCACAUUCUUUUCAUAUCCACUCCCAUCUAUACGCAUACAUUUAACACUUGUCCUCUUUCUCUAUUCUUCCUCAAACCCCCAACUUUUCAGAGCCUUCUCAUAAAUUCUCGGAUAAGCAUAUUUUUAUACUUGGUGUUUAGCUACAGGAAAAUUGUGAACUGGCACAUGAUUAUGAACUCCCAAGCAGUAGUUUUAGCCACCGCCAUGGUCGUCUCCACCACCUUUCUCUUUCUUGCUUUUGGAAAGCAAAAACCAGCUUUUUCUUCAUCUUCGGAGAUUCAAGAUCAUUCUCUUGACUCUUCGGGCCAACCUCUACGCUCUUGCUUGUAUUCAGAGGAGAAGAAGAGGCAAAGGAAGAAGAAAAGAGUGCAUUUUGCGGAUAAUGUGAAGGAGAAGAGCGGCAAUGGAAAAGAGUACAGGAAAGAGCAAAGCAAGAAAAUUAUUAGCAAAGUUGAUCAAAAUUGCAGAUAUGAAAUUCCCAGAACGCCUGCAAAUAGAGUUGCUUUGUACAACGGAAUUCUCAGAGACAGAAUUCACUGAACACAAUGUUCCUAUUGAUCCAUCACUGUAAAUUAAUUUUUUUUUUAAUUUUCCUCAUCUAUUUUCACAGUAUUCAUGUAAAAUUUUGUAAAGAAAUAUUAUAGCUUUGCCCAAAAAAUGUAAAAAUUGGGCAAAAUCUGAACAUAACUUGUUGAAUAUUCAAUUUGUCUGAUCAAUUCAGAAGAACCCUAAAAAUUUGGACA